AUGAAUGGCGAGGGGAGUGAAGCAAUGCAAGUGGAGAGAGAGAGGUUGGUGUACAUGUGGGGUUACCUCCCAGGAGCUCUGCCGCAGAGGUCGCCGCUGCUGACGCCGGUUCUCGUUAGGGUUCCGCCGUCGGGUUACUCUUGGAGAGAUGUUUGCGGCGGCGGUUGUGGAUUUGCCAUGGCCAUCUCUGAGCCUGGAAAGCUCAUAACAUGGGGUUCAACAGAUGAUUUAGGCCAAAGCUAUGUUACAUGUGGCAAACAUGGGGAAACUCCAGAGCCUUUCCCUCUUCCAGCUGAAGUGACUAUUGUAAAAGCUGCAUCUGGAUGGGCACAUUGUGUUUCUGUGACUGAUUGUGGAGAAGUUUACACGUGGGGAUGGAGGGAAUGUGUUCCCUCUGGUAAGGUAUUUGAUGAAUCAACUGGGGUAAGCUCUGAAAAGGAUGUACCGGGAAGGCAAACCUCAUUCUUGACGGAGCAAGUAAGCCCUCGUUCUCAAGGCUCAAAAUCUACUGGAGGAACUGCUUCUAGUACCAGUGGAGAAGAAAGCACAAAGAGAAGAAGAGUGUCUUCAGCAAAGCAAACAGUUGAAACCUCAUCUUCCAGUGAUGAUGCUCUAACAGCAUUGCCGUGUCUUGUCACACUAAACCCAGGCAUAAGGAUAGCAAGUGUUGCUGCUGGUGGUCGCCAUACCUUAGCAUUAUCAGAUAUAGGACAGGUGUGGGGUUGGGGCUAUGGAGGUGAAGGGCAGCUUGGUUUGGGUUCUAGAAUACGAAUGGUGUCCUCUCCUCAUCUAGUUCCUUGUAUUAAUUCCUCUUCUUAUGGUAAAGAUAUGUCAUUGUCACUGGCUCGAGGAAGCAUGAGUUCAGAUGGGCAAAAUUUCAGAGUUCCUGGAAGUUAUAUAAAGGCAAUUGCCUGUGGAGGUCGACACAGUGCUGUUAUAACAGAUGCUGGAGCUGUGCUUACAUUUGGUUGGGGACUUUAUGGACAGUGUGGGCAAGGAAGUACAGAUGAUGAACUGAGUCCGACUUGUGUAUCUUCCUUAUUGGGUAUUCAAAUAGAGGGGGUUGCCGCAGGACUGUGGCAUACUGUGUGUACAUCUGCUGAUGGUGAUGUAUAUGCAUUUGGUGGAAACCAGUUUGGGCAGCUGGGAACUGGUGCUGAUCAAGCAGAGACUAUGCCAAGGCUCCUGGAUUGUCCGAGCUUGGAAAAUGUCAACGCUAAGAGGAUAUCUUGUGGGGCUCGUCACACUGCUCUAAUAACAGAUAAUGGAAAAGUCUUCUGCUGGGGAUGGAACAAGUAUGGACAGUUGGGCCUUGGGGACGUGAUUGACCGUAACAUUCCUUCUGAAGUCACCAUCGAUGGUUGCGUAGCUAAAAACGUUGCAUGUGGCUGGUGGCAUACGCUUCUUCUGGCCGAGUCCCCCACCUGA